AUGUGGUCAUUCCUCUCUGGACGCUCAAACAGCACUUUACACUCGAUCGACUUCCCAUUACAAGCUUUACAAGAUGCUAUCUCCACUGGCAACGAGAGCAACGUCUGGAAAGUGCUACGUCAACAGCGUAUCCGCAACGAGCUUAUCCACAGCACUACGACUCACAAAGUACCAAGGGAUGCGCAACAGCAGAAAUGCAAUGUCUUUACAUGCGUCCAAGCUGCUGUUCAGGAAAAUCUGCCUCGCGUCGUGCUCGCAAUGUACCGCUUCAAUCAAGACGACGUUCGACUCGCGACGUGGUAUGCGCUUUACCGUCUGAAGAGCGAUCAAAAGGUUAAACUCUCGCGUGAUCUAAUAGCACUUGCUCAAACUCAACGUCGCCUGUGGCUCUGGGAUCGUAUUGGAGCGCUUGUGCUGCUUCGACAUAGGCAAGUCACUCCACGGCGAGCCAGUCAACGACAGGUCUACGCUGUACAUCCCGUCGCGUUGACCCCUGUCGAAGCAUUCAAGAUCAUUCUGAGCUUCAUUGACUUGCACGAAAGUCGAGAAGCUCGCUUGCUUAAGUUCCUUAUUGAAGCACGACAGUGUCCGAUAUGUUCGAGAUUAUGUAUCCCCGGUCAUUGUAAGGCCGGACGUCUGCGCAAGAUGGAGAGACGAGUAUCCAAGCGGCCAUGA